AUGAAAAAUGAACUGAAUCAUGCCAAAAACAUUGAUGACAUAUCUACGCCUUCUGAGUUUAAAUUCGACGAAGAUUUUGAAUUCGAAGAUCCCGAUGUGACUGCAAAACGAAAGGAAAUAGAAAAAUACCUGGAAAACCCUGAUUUCGUAAAUGUUGAGCAGUGGCAAAGUAUUGCAAAAAGUAAAGGAGGCUUAAUAACAGAUGAAUACAGAAGAAGAAUCUGGCCUUUGCUGGUGGGUGUUAUACAAGAUGAGAUGACAGAUCCCCCAUCACUAGAUGAAUUAUCAACACACAUUAAAUAUAACCAAGUGGAGUUAGAUGUGAAACGUUCCCUGAAACGGUUUCCUCCAGGUAUACCAUAUGAACAGAGAGUUGCUUUACAAGAUCAGUUAACUGUACUCAUACUUCGUGUAAUUAUUGAGUACCCACACUUAAAAUAUUAUGAUGAUAUAGCAAUAACUCUGUUGCUAGUGUGCGGUGACCGGGCGUCGUUUCCUUUACUAUGUCGACUGUCGUAUGGCCCAAAGGCCCCCUAG